AUGUCAGGAGUCAACGUAGCUAUUAUUGGAACUGGUCUUGUUGGAUCGGCCUUUGUUCGCCAACUCCAGGCUGUUCAGAAAAAGUCACCUGGCGUCUUCAAUGUCAUUCUUGUUGCCAGAUCCAAGGCUACUUAUGUUUCUAAAGACUAUUCUCCACUUUCUUUGGACUCUUACUCCACUGGUUCAAGUGAUCUUCUUAACAUUGAACAAAUUGCCGCUUACCUUGAAAAGUCUCCUAAGCCAGUGAUCUUGGUUGACAACACCUCUAAUGAGGACUGGGCAAAUUCUUACCCAUUGUUUCUCUCCAAAUCUAUCUCUGUUGCUACUCCUAAUAAAAAGGCAUUCUCCAGCUCUUUGGACUUGUGGAAGAAGGUUUUUGGUGCCAGCAAUGGCCCUAAGGGCGGAUUGGUUUACCAUGAAGCUACUGUUGGUGCUGGUCUUCCUGUCCUUGGACCUCUCAACGACCUUGUCGCUACUGGUGACGAAAUUGUUAAAAUCGACGGUAUUGUAUCUGGAACUUUGAGUUAUAUCUUCAACGAAUUCUCUACUAUCGAGGGAUCAACUGUAAAGUUCUCUGAUGUUGUCAAGAAAGCCAAGUCCCUUGGUUACACCGAGCCUGAUCCAAGAGAUGAUCUGAAUGGUCUUGAUGUCGCUCGUAAGGUCACUAUUUUGGCUCGUUUGUCUGGCCUUCCUGUAGAGUCACCUACUUCAUUCCCUGUUGACUCUCUUAUCCCCAAGCCACUCGAGUCAGCUGCCUCUGCUGACGAGUUCUUGGAGAAGCUCCCAGAAUACGAUGGUGAGCUUGACAAAUUAAGACAAGAAGCUCAAGCUGAAAACAAGGUACUAAGAUUUGUUGGUAAGGUUGACAUUGCUGCUGGUGCUGUUAAGGUUGGUAUUGAAAAGUACGACGCUUCUCACCCAUUCGCGUCUCUUAAGGGCAGUGACAAUGUUAUCUCUAUCCAGUCCGAGAGAUAUGCUAGCCCUCUCAUUAUUCAAGGUGCUGGAGCUGGUGCUGAGGUCACUGCUGCUGGUGUUUUGGCUGAUGUUUUCAAGAUCGAGCAGAGAUUGAGAAAGUAG